AUGCCCACUUCAACUUCACCGACCCCUGCCCCGAGAAUCAGGGCGAAAGUGAGCAGCAGCGCAAGCGUUGUCGGACGCAAGCCUGUCGCGUCACCCUCCGCCCAGAAUCUCAGUGCGCCGACCGCUUCCACCAUCUCCACUACACGCGCACCUCCAGCGCGAGCCCCUUCUCCAUUCAAGCCUACGCAAGUUCGAGCUGCACCGUCCUCUACGAGUGAGACGCACGCGAAGGCGAAGCCCACGCUCACGGUUCGGUCGAAUGUCACCGCGGCUACCUCUGCGCCGUCCCCGUCCUUACCAGAGCUCCGACAGCGAGCAUUGACCGACACGCCGGCAAGAUCGCGUCGAGGCAGCUUUUCAUCCCGUGUCUCAACAUCGACGAGCUCUGUAGGUGCUCGUAGUGUUUGUUCUCCACCCGCGCUCGCGCCGACGGCCUCUAAUGAAGAGAAUCACUCUGGUUCAUCAUCAGUCGUGAGUGGUAGCGGGGGAGGGACAAUAAAGGUCAGGUCAAAGGUGACGAGGGUCGCAGAACAUGGUGUGCAGCCUGGCUCCUCCGUGCCAACGUCUCCGUCUUUCCCUCCACAUUCCCGGCCCACCCGUGUCCCAUCCGGCUCUAACCUUACGAUCUCGCCUCCGCUCGACCCCACAAAGCCCUCAAGGAGUAGCGGCCUCAGCCCUUCAUCUACAUCUGGACAUGGAAGAUUAGCGACCACCAACGAGAGGGCGCCCCCCAAGGUCAAUCCUUUCCGGCCGUUCGUACCCUUCGAUGACUCCAAAGUAACGUACUCGCGGCCUGGCUCUCCGGGACGCGUCGAUCCCGCUCAAAUACCUCUUCCCCCGACGUCACCAUCCAUGUCGGCCGUUUCAUUUUCGUCGCGAUCAUCGAUAUCAAUCGAGUCGCGAGGCUCAAACUCAAGCGGGGGUACCGCUCAUCAUAGAGUAAAUGGACACGCCUUCGCUAACGGCAUCAGACAUGCUCGCUCGCGUUCUAGCGUGGACGGACUUGGCAUCCAGUAUUCUCCGGUGCUGAAGCCGUCGCAGGAGCCUCAUCAGGACUCGCCGUCUCCCGUGUCGCGGCUGGAAAGUGACGAGAAUGAGGACGGAAGCGAAGACGGGGUAGAUCGUGAAUUCGAGAAAGAUGAGGACAAGAAGCUGAGGAAAGAGGCUAUCUCUAACAGAAAGAUCGCCGACCUCGAGAUCACGAACAAGUCACUCCUUGUCAUCAACACCCAGCUCGAAUCUGCCAAAAAUAAGCAGGCUAAAGAAAUCCAAGAGUUGCGCCACAAGCUACGAGAAUCCUUGCUUUCGCUGCCACCAUCUGUCUACCACGCCGCUAAGUCUUCAUUGGACGUAGAAGAGCCUCCCGACGACGACGACGCAGAAGAUGGCGAGGAAGGAGAGGACUUACAGACUACAAAUACGAAGGCUGAUGAAAUCUACAGCCACUGUAGAUCGAUGCUGGAUGAUAUGCUAGCCAUAGGACGGAAGGCAUUGGAAACGAAACCGGAAGAUUUCAUUGAACCCAGUGUACAUGUUACGAAGGUUCUGAGCGAGGAAGAAGCACGGACUUGGCGUGGGGAACAUUCAACGACAAUAGACGGCGACGCCGCCGACGAUACUGUUACGGAUGCGGCGACGGAUGACGACCCGAGCCGACCGCUUUCGCCGUCGCACGUGUCGGUGUCGGACGAGCUUACGAGUGAAGAAGAGGUUGAGGCGUCGCUGAUAACAGAUGAGAGUGCUCUUAACGGGUCGCCUCUCCCGCCCAUCACGGUGACGCCGUCGUCGUCGCCAUAGAGGGACGCUUACUUCGGUUGGAAUUAUAGGCAUGCUCAUGCACUCCGGCUGGAACGGCAGCACACACAUUUCUGUAGUACUCAGCAUUUUACAUGUAGGACCAUCAAGUUACAUACCCCAUGCAUCGUGUCAUAUACGUAUAUGCUAAUACCAAGAUUCGGUAUGGAAAAAAGCUUGACUCAAA